AUAUAUCUAUUUUGUAUAUCAAAGAAAACUUCUUACAACUAAUUAUUAUAAUUACUAAAUGCUGUCAUUUCAAAAAAAUAUUCUCAAAGUGUAUAUUUUAUUUAUUAUUUCUAAUACAACUUUAUACAAAUUUGCUGGAAUAACCUUAUAUGAACAUAUUUUACAAUGUGAUAAGAAAUGGAAAAAGGCGCGCGAUUUGAUUUUUUGCUCCGCGCUGCAAUCUUCUGAAUAACAAUCUUAGAUUAUUUCCAUUUUCCUAGCUUUUUAUUAGUGAUAUAAUAUAUGUUUUAGUUCAGAUUUUUAACUCCUAGAAUUUUCCAUCAGAAAAUCGUGAAAAGCCAAUAAAAAAGAAAUCACGUAGUGUUACCAAAACGCGAAGUCGGGUAAAUACACUGUUUUGGUUGGAUUUCACUGGGUAUUUCGGGGACCGCUGGCGAAAGUCUUUCGGGAGAUAACGAGUAAAUAACAAAUCAUCGUUAGCAAACAACUUUUAUAAAGAGAUCACCGAGCAAACCGCCAGAUUUUCUGUAAGAUUGGAAAGAGCUUAUGUCCCAGUAGCCAAAAGUCGGCGAAUGAUCCACGAUGGGCAUCAAUUGCCUAAACAUCUUGAGACGUGGCCUCCACACGAGUUCCGCCCGAUUGCAGGUGAUCCAGGGCGCCACGCCCACCAAGCGGAUAUGCAUUGUGGGCGCCGGGCCCGCCGGCUUCUAUGCCGCCCAACUGAUCCUCAAGCAGCUGGACAAUUGCGUAGUGGAUGUGGUCGAGAAGCUGCCGGUUCCCUUCGGACUGGUGCGCUUUGGCGUUGCGCCCGACCAUCCGGAGGUCAAGAACGUAAUCAACACCUUCACCAAGACCGCCGAGCAUCCGCGUCUGCGUUACUUUGGCAACAUAUCGCUGGGCACGGAUGUCAGCCUGCGGGAGCUGAGAGAUCGAUAUCAUGCCGUGCUCCUUACCUACGGAGCGGACCAGGAUCGGGAGCUAGAGCUGGAGAACGAGCAGCAGGGUAAUGUGAUAUCAGCACGCAAAUUUGUGGCCUGGUAUAAUGGAUUGCCGGGUGCGGAAAACUUGGCUCCGGAUCUUAGUGGUCGCGAUGUCACGAUUGUGGGUCAGGGCAACGUGGCUGUGGAUGUGGCUAGGAUGCUGCUUAGUCCCUUGGAUGCUCUGAAGAGUACGGACACAACUGAGUACGCCUUGGAAGCCCUUUCGCGCAGCCAAGUGGAACGCGUCCACCUCGUUGGCAGACGUGGUCCCCUGCAGGCCGCCUUCACCAUCAAGGAGCUGCGUGAGAUGCUUAAGCUUCCCAAUGUAGACACCCGAUGGCGUUCUGAGGAUUUCUCGGGCAUUGACCUGCAGCUGGAUAAACUGCAGCGACCUCGCAAGAGACUCACCGAACUGAUGCUUAAGAGUUUAAAGGAGCAGGGCAGGAUCGCCGGCUCUAAACAGUUCCUGCCCAUCUUUCUGCGCGCUCCGAAGGCGAUAUCCCCAGGAGAAAUGGAGUUUUCCGUCACGGAACUGCAGCAGGAAGCAGCAGUGCCCACCACUUCCACAGAGCGCCUUUCCUCGCACUUAAUCCUGCGCAGCAUUGGCUACAAAUCGAGUUGCGUGGAUACGGGCAUCAGUUUUGACACCCGACGCGGCCGAGUUCACAACGUUGAUGGUCGGAUUCUCAAGGAUGAUGCUUCCGGAAAGGUUGACCCUGGACUUUAUGUAGCUGGCUGGCUAGGAACUGGACCCACUGGCGUUAUUGUGACCACCAUGAACGGCGCCUUUGCGGUGGCCAAAACCAUCUGCGAUGACAUUACCACGAAUGCCGUGGACACCAGUUCUGCCAAACCAGGAUACGAUGCGGAUGGCCAACGAGUGGUUACUUGGGAUGGCUGGCAGCGAAUCAAUGAUUUUGAGUGCGCGGCGGGAAAAGCCAAGGGAAAGCCGCGCGAGAAGAUUGUUAACAUCGAGGAAAUGUUACGGGUGGCAGGAGUCUGAAGCCAAGAUUCCAUGGGUUGCGGUUGACAAUAGUUUCCUUUUAGAACACAUCUAGCUUUCUUUAUUUAUCUGUCGUUUGAGGCCCUUGUUAUUCAUUGUAAAUAUAAGUCCUUUAUAAAAC